AUGAGAGUCAUUUUGGAGAACCGGUUAAUUUCAAUCAAUCCUUUUGUAUCGUUGAAGACGAUCCAUCUGACGAACCCCCACAAGUACACCACGAGCCACCACGAGCUCCUCCGAAUCCAUACGCUCAACCUUCGACCGGACAGCCUACCCGUGAUAAUCACCAACGCCAACUACGACGCAGCCGUAACCUUAAAGGAACUCGAGGAGUCUUUCAUCGAAGAGACAGAGCCAGCUGAUGAUGGCUCCCAAACAGAAAAGGCCACCGAGCCCGACAGCCCCACCGACCCGAACACCGCGCCCGCCGCCCACGUCUUCGAAGAAAUCCCAAAAAUCGUAGUCACCGACUCGCGCGAAAACAUCCAAGCCAUCGUGGAUGCCGAGCGCAACGAGCCCGAGCAACCCGCAGAGAAAUCCACAGAGAAACCCACCAAAACCGCACAAGAGGUUCCCGAAUACAACUUCUACAAGCAAAAGAAAGCAGGUUUCUACGACAGAGCAGCCGACGAGCCAAAGCGCCUAUAUCCUUCCACGAUUGUAGAGAGAAGAGACAAUCUACCUCCUAGCUGGUCUGCGCGCAGUAUGGGAAAGAGGAGUCAAAGGCCUCCUCGUCCUGCCUGUUCGUCACCGCCGAUUCAAAGGGCUGGCUCGGCGCCGGUGCCUGCUACGAAGGCUACGGAAGUUAUGAUGGGAAAAGGGCUAGAUACUGCGGAGCCAAGGACUACAACAGGGAAGCGGGCGCGUGGCGCGGAGCCGGGGACUGCGAAGAAGAGGCUCAGGAAGCCUGGUGGGGGGAAGAAAGAUGUGUAG